AAUCUUAAAGUAUGGAUAUCCAGCGUUUUAUUAGUCGUCUUCAGGUCAAUCUCACAAAGCUUUCCUAUGCUGAGACACCCGAGCUUGCAAAAAUACGUGCCAAUGCAAGGUAUGCAAGAAAACUUAUAUUGCGUGCAGAGGAUUUGGGGCAGAAUAUGAGAGUAGAAAGGCAGAAAAUUGAGGAGAUUAUUGAGAGAAUUGAGGAAAAACAGAAAGAAGAAGAUAACUUAGAAAUAGAUGAAGUAGAAGAAAAAUCAGUAGAGAAUAUUGAAUUAGAAGCAACAGAAGAGAUUUUAAUACAACAUCGAGAGAUGGCAGAUGCAAUGACAGAAAAAAUGUUGCGUUUGGCUCAAGAAAUGAAAGUAAAUGCAAGGGCUAUGGGGGAAAUAGCGGAGAGAGAUCAAUCACUUAUUUUAUCGACGGGGAAUUUAUUAGGAAAAAAUUUAAAUAUAAUACAGAUAACUAAUAAACGACUUGAAAAAUAUCGUAGAGUCAAUUCAGGAACGUUUUGGCUUAGUCUUUUAAGUAUUAUAGUUGUUUUUAUAUCGUUCUUUGUAGUGUUUUUUUUGGUUCGUAUAACAUGAUUUUAAAAGAAUGAAAAUGGAUAAAAAG